AUGGUAAUCACUGGUGAUGACAAUGAUGAGAUUACGAAUCUCAAGGGCCUACUACAAUCUGAGUUCAAAGUUAAGGAUCUCGGAAAACUUCAGUAUUUCCUUAGGAUGGAAAUUGUUAGAAGCAAAACUGAUAUUUUCAUUUCUCAAAGAAAAUGCAUCUUAAAUCUAUUGAAGAAAACCGAGAAGCUUGGUUGUCGUCCAGCUAGCACUCCACUAGAGAAGAAUUGGAAGCAUAAGAUCUCUAAGAAUGAUCCUCCAGCUAACAAAGAGAGAUAUCAAUGUCUUGUGGGAAAACUAAUCUAUCUAUCACUUACUAGGCCCGAUAUUGCCUAUAGUGUUAGCAUAGUUAGUCAGUUUAUGCAUGCUCCAACCGAGAGACAUCAGUGUGCURUUGAUCAGAUCCUUAGAUAUUUGAAAGGAACUCCUAGCAAGGGUAUAUUGUUCAAGAAAAKUGAUAACCGGUUAGUUGAGGGAUUUGCAAAUGCUAAUUGGGCUGGUUCGGUUGAUGACARUAAGUCUACUACAGGAUAUUGUACAAAGGUUUGGGGGAAUGUUGUUACAUAG